UGCCUCCUAAACCUGCACACCUUCAGAGUCCGGUGACGGAAGUUUCCUUUCCUCUGGCUGCCGGAAAGUUAUCCAUCAAUCCCAGCAUGGAGGGGGGAGGAGUAGGAGGAGCAGUAGGGAAGGGCCGAGUGUCCAACCUCAUCAGUCGCUUUGAGGAGAACCGGAAACGCUAUCUGAUCUAAAGGGCAGGUGGGCCGUAGACAGGGAAACAGCUGGAGGUGCAGGAUAUCUGUUUGUGUGUGUGUGUGUAUGUAUGUGUGUGCAUGAACCACAAAACCUUAUAUUGUGGCUUAAUUUUUUUUUUCGGUUUAUGCACCUCUUACAGUACGUCAAGUUAUGAAUGGAUCAUUGUUUUACAGUUUACUUAUGUGGAGUUCUGAUUAUUAUUAGGGAUGCACAAUAUAUCAGUGACCAUAUCGCCAAUAUGAUCAUAUUUUUAUAUUCAUAUUAUAAUCAGUAUUGUAUAUUCAUAUUAUAAUCAGUAUUGGUCUGAUUAGGAUGAUAUAAGAAGCAAAUAAUAUAAUGUCCGUAACAAAAUAUGUAUUAUUGUUAUUGUCACAAUUUCUAUAUCGUGCAUCCCUACUAUUUAUUAUUCAUCAUUUAAGUCAUGCGGCUCUCUGGAAUAUUUUAUUCUGAUUGGUUUAUUGCUAUAUGUGACAUGAUUAUUUUGAGUCUGAAGUCGCAAUGAGGCAUUUGUGGAGAUGUGAUUCUAAAAAAUUGUUGUUUUUUUUUGUUUGUUUUUUUUUUGAAGAAUUAAAGUCUCAGCUUUCUAAAUGGUAAAUGUUUACUCAUUUACUUACUGCAAAAAUUAAACAAUAAAUGCUGUUGAUGCUUUUUAAUGUGGUGUGUGCCAGUUGUCUUGAUUAUAAUAUAUUGUAUAUUGUAAUAAAAUGUUGUAUAUUAGAAUAUUUGUCAAAACUAAAUAACUACAUAAUUAGAAAGCCGAGACUUUCCCUUUUCAUUAAGUGCAUGAAACAUAUUUUUUUGGGAUGCACAGAUAUGAAAAUUUUGGCUGAUACGGAUAACCGAUAAUACUUUAUAUUUGAAAGCUGAUAACCGAUAUAUUGGCCGAUAAAUCUAAAUCCAAAUUUUUAUAUAAUUUUUGAGAGCCUGAAUACAAAAACAAAAGUCUCACCAUUAAAAAGCCAUGUCCCAAGCACACAAUUAUAAUGAUGUUAUGUUAUAUCAUUAUAAUUUUAUGUAUCCUAUAUGACAGAUUUGCGCUGAUCAUGUUGCACUUAACUGUAUUUUCCUUUUUGAAGUGACUGCAAUCAUAUUUCAAGCAAUUCAAAACCAUCAUGGUGAACAGUGUGCAUCUGAAGUGUCUCAGCUUAAGGAAAUAAUCCAUUAUUUAUCGGCUUUAAUAUAUCGGCCAAAUUUUCUUAUUGGGCCGAUAACGAUAACAUUAAAAAUGAACAUAUAUCAGCCGAUUCCGAUAUGAUGGCCGAUAUAUCGUGCAUCCGUAAUAUUUUUCUGGUCAAAAUCACUCAAUUUGAUGGAACAGAUCAUAAUUUCUUCUCAUGUAGUAAAAUAAUUUCAGCUUGAAUCAAUUUUUCAUGUCCAUUUAUUUAUUUAUUUGAGUAAGUAGCUGUGUAAUAGUGGGAUCAUAUACAGUCAGCUGGUCAUUAUCACAAAAUAUACCCCUUUGGGGUAAUAAAAGUGUGACAAGUCUGUCUGGAUGCACUGUACAUGAUCUCUUACAUAUUUUAUAGUUUGCUUCCACUGUUCCUGAAAGCAUUUUGUUCAAAAGAGAAAGACCGUCUCACUCUCUUGAGUGUGUAAAUGUGUGUGUGCUCGCUUGCAUGUUGGCAUGUAUUCUGAAGUAGGGCAGCCGUGUCUCAUGGGACGCUCUGCAGCCGAGUCUACCUCUCCUCACCCUCCCUGUUCCUCCCAUCCUCCUCCUAUCCUCUUUUCCUCCACUCCUCCCUUGACCCGCACAUUCACACGUCCCCUGCAACACACACAUGCAGACAGAGGAAGUUUGUUCAACACUUAAUAUUUAACAUCAUCACACUCUCAUGCACAGCACAUCUUUCUCUUCUCUGCAUCAUUCUGUUUUUUUUUUUCGCCAGCACUGUUCAUCGUAAAAGUUUUUUGUCACACAGACGGUCGGAGGGAGGGCGCUCCUCUGAAGCAGGUCAGCAGAUCUCCUAACUCCAGCCCGCCUCAUAAGAGCUACCAGAGACAGACGGAGCAGCCCACAGACUCCGGCUCUGGCGCGACCAGCCCACGCCAUGCUCUCAAACCCCCCAAUGGGGUUCUAGCACAGAAGAACAGAGACCAGGACAGAGAUCUGGACAUGGAUGGCGUCAAAAACGAUACAGUUCCGGUCGUGAGGAUAGACACGCAGGACUUGCUGAACGGAGAUGCCGCCGAUAUGGCUAAGAGGGCAAUUAUGGACGAGGACUCGGUAGAUAUGCCUCAUGCUCACAUAGACCAGGUCGAAGAGCAGGAGAGGAAAGCACCAGAGCAGCAUGAUGUUGUAAUGAACAGCAUCCCCGAGCAGAAGGAAACCAAUGAGCAGAAGCUCUACAAGAUAGCAAAUGAACUUCUGCAGACAGAGAAGGCCUAUGUUGCACGACUCAACUUAUUAGAUAAGGUGUUUUAUGCCAAGCUGAUAGAAGAGGCAAGAAAAGACACAUUCCCCGUGGAUGUGGUGAUGAAAAUCUUUUCCAACAUCUCUUCCAUUAAUGCCUUCCACAGCCAGUUCCUUCUGCCUGACCUGGAAAAACGCAUGGGAGAAUGGACGUCAACACCUCGCAUUGGUGACAUCCUACAGAAGCUCACGCCCUUCUUGAAGAUGUACGCUGAGUAUGUGAAGAACUUUGAUCAUGCCUUGGAUCUGCUGAAGCAAUGGACAGAUCGAUCACCUCCAUUUAAAGCUAUCAUUCUAGAAAUCCAGAGUCAAGAAGUGUGUGGCAGUCUGACGCUGCAGAACCACAUGUUGGAGCCUGUUCAGAGAGUGCCACGAUACGAGAUGCUGCUCAAAGACUAUCUGAAGAAACUUCCUCAGGAUCACAUAGACCGGCGGGAUGCUGAAAAGUCUUUAGAGAUUAUUUCCAUGGCUGCCACUCAUUCCAACACUGCCAUUAAGAAAACAGAAAACCUUAAGAAAUUGCUGGAAAUUUAUGAGAUGUUGGGAGAAGAAGAGGACAUCGUGAACCCCUCGAAUGAGUUGAUAAAGGAGGGUCAUAUUCUAAAACUGGCAGCCAGAAACACUUCAGCCAUGGACAGAUAUCUCUUCCUGUUCAACAACAUGCUGCUGUACUGCGUUCCCAAGUUCAGCUUGGUGGGACAGAAGUAUACAGUGCGCACACGUAUUGGCAUUGAAGGCAUGAAGGUGAUGGAGACGUACAAUGAGGAUUAUCCUCACACCUUUCAGGUUUCCGGAAAGGAACGGACACUGGAGCUGCAGGCCAGCUCCGAACAGGAUAAAAAAAGCUGGAUAAAGGCAUUCCAGGAAACGAUACACAUCUCCCUCCAGAAAAAUGAGACCUUUAAGUCAGCAUUCAAAGAUGCGGAGGAAGCAUCGGAGCUUAAGAUAUCAGAGCUGGGUAAAAGAGCCCCUCGCUGGAUCCGAGACAACGAGGUGACCAUGUGCAUGAAGUGCAAAGAGGCCUUUAAUGCUAUCAGACGCAGGAGACAUCACUGUCGGGCCUGUGGUUACGUGGUCUGCUGGAAGUGCUCAGACUACAAAGCCAUUCUGGAAUAUGAUGGGAAUAAGAUGAACAAGGUGUGCAAAGACUGUUACUCGAUCCUGACAGGCCAUAUAGACAGUGAGGAGAGGGAGGGCAAGAAGAAGGGCAUUCUAGAGAUUGAAGCUGCUCAGUUCUCAGGCAACAGUAUCAUGUGUGGCUUCCUACAGUACUGUGAGAAGAACAAGCCCUGGCAGAAAGUCUGGUGUGUUAUUCCUCAGAAGGAAGCUUUAGUUCUCUACUUGUACGGAGCACCUCAGGAUGUCAAGGCCCAGUCCACAAUUCCUCUGCUCGGCUACCAGGUGGAGGACAACCCAAGACCCACCGACCCUCCUGCAAGCUUCAGACUAUCUCAGUCUAAAUCAGUACACAGCUUUGUCGCAGAAAGCGAGGAACUGAAACAGCGCUGGCUCAAAGUGAUCCGUAUGGCGGUGACGGGAGAGGAACCAGAAUCGCCUGAAGAAAGCCAUUCUACGGAAAUCACCCAAGAAACAAACUCUAACGGUGUCUAAGCAAAGAGAGCGUACUUUUCUUAAAGAUUUCUCUACAGAUGUGGCGAUGCAAUUGGUAAGAAAAGUGUUGACACUCCUCCUGCUUACGUUGCACAGACUUGCUGCGCCAUUACUGCUGGACUGUCUGAGCUACAGCAUUUGUCCAGUUGUCCUAAAGUUCCAUUUGGAUUUGAACACAUCCAGAAUAUGGGGGUUGAAAGGACAUGGACAUCAGCUUGACCUUUACCGGACAGAUUUGAAGUUCAUACAAAUGGAGCUCAUGUGAAGAGUACUAAGAGAUGCUAUUCCAUCAUCACACCUUACUACAGCUGAUGCCGCACUGUUUCAAGCCUAAUGUAAAUAUUGUACAACUAUUGUACAAAAUAUUGAACAUUUACAUGUUGUAUGUAUAGUAUAUUGAGGCUAAAAUUCAGAUGUGUUGACAGCAUUGUAAAAAAUGUGAUGUGUAUGUGCAGGACAUAAGCGCUUUUCAAAAAGUCAAGAUUGCAAUCUACUGCAACUAUAAAUUGCAUUCAGUUCCAGAACGCUCUGGAUGCAAUAGACACUCCUUCAUUAUGGCCAUCGUGACUUUGCCAAGACAGACAUGUUGUGUUGACACAUUUGUUGAUCCUAGGGUUGCAGCGGUAUACUGGUUUCACGAUAUAUCAUUGUAUUAAAUUUGACAAUUACAUUACGGUUUACAUUUACUAAUGGACGGUAUUGGAAAAAAACGCAACCGGACUGAGAAUCUCAUCUGCGCACGCGACACACACUUGCAGAGGGGGAAAAAAAUUGAGGCUGAAUAAAGCUUCACUAAGGCUGCAUUCGAAAACCUAGGCAGCUGACUUGAUGCCUCGAUGCCUUAUCAGGCAAUGACUUGUAAGGCAGCGUUUGUGCAUGAAGGCACCUCACGAAACUGAUUUCGGACAGACAGCGUAACCGUUUAAUGAUCUACAGCAAAACAGCGCAAGCUUCGGUGAGCACUAAACAAGUAUGUAAUUACUACAGUAGUAAUUUCUCGACAUCAAAAGUGGAAAAUGUUGGUCGAAAACGUACAUUUACACACAAACUGACCAGCAAACGCAACUUUCGGACCCCACCUUUAUUUUUCUAGCUCAACAGAGUACCUCACAUAGACAUUAUAAUACACGUUUAUUAUAAUGUCUAUGGUACUUCAGGGAUGACGUGUUUUUGUAGGCCAACCCGGAAGUUACCGGCGCACAGGUUCCCUCGAUCGAAAGCCUAUGCAUUUUUUCCCAUAGACUUUUGGAAAAUCGCAAAAAAUAAGCUCUGUGUUUAACAAAGGGUUAUGACACUUACACGUUUUGUCUAUCAAGAUAAUCUUUACAAGUUAACACAACGUUUAUACAUUUUGAAGCCUAAAUAAAGUCGUCAGAUAUAAAAAGCUAACAGUAGGCUAUAAACAGACUACAGCACACCAUGGUCGCGGAUCAACGUCACCACCACCAAGCUUCCUCACACUUUAUUUAGAAAACAACUUUAUUGUUAUAUAUAAAUACGUAUAAAGUCCCCGCCAAAGGAAGUAGUCCCUUUUAGCAAUUUGUUAGCAACCGCCGUUUUUAAGACACAAUAAAGGUUUAAAAAAUCACAAGCGGGUUAUAACUGGUGUGUUUUAUGUCAUAGAUCAAAACGUGAAAAUAUUUAGAGGCUUUGUUAACCACAGACCUUAUUUCAGGCGAUUUAGCAAAAACCCAUUCAAAAAAAACCCAUUGACUUCGGGGGCAAUUGAACCAGAAGUCCUAAAAUGCUAACUCGCUUCUGGGUUUUGCCUACAAAAACACGUCAUCCCUGAGGUACUCUACUGUCAUAAAAGGAAUGCAUUGGAUUGUGGGAUACCAAAGGCAGCGAAGGAUUCAUCUAUGUUGCCUUCAAAAAUGUAUCAGAUGAAGGUAUCUCAGGAAACGGGAAGUGAAGCUAACUUUGGAUUCGGACGUGCCUUGAUGCCUUUAGUUUUCGGACGCAGCCUCCAUUUGUAGCGCUCCUCCCAUCCACUAAGUGUGCUUUGUUACUUUUGAUAAGAAACAAAGUUUCAGGUUUAAAAUUCCGUCAAUUUUGUCACGAAAUCCAAACAAUAAAUGCUGUAGUGGCGCUCUUUACAAAUCGCUGAAGUCUCAGUUUAAGCGGUAGCGCGCAGAACCAUGACGUGAACUGAUAUACUAGUUAAAGCGCGAAAUAAAUUAACGAACAUCAAAAGUUGUUGAAAGAUGCAAAACAAAUUAAUGAAAUGUAUUUGCUGUCAUUUAAUCAGCUGAUCCGUGUUUUAACCACGGAAAUACGUCAGUAAUACACUGCUCAUGAACAACAUGAAGGACAUUUAACGUUACCUCAGGAAAGUCAGAUCUGUAGUAGGGGGGAGCAUUUAAUUAACCUGUUAAUAAUUUAUGUAUGUUUGAAUUAUGCCAUAAAGACAAGUUUGUAUCAAAACUACCUUAUGUGCAAUUUAAAUGUUUUUAAGAAAAUCUGUUUUGUUUGUGUCGAUUAAUAUAUUUGAAGUAGCCUAAUGAAUUUAAUAGUUUAUUUAAUAGGUCUCAUUUACCCUUUAAUAUAUUUAUGAUUGGGAGUUUUUUUUUUUUUAAGAAAAACUUGUUUAUAGCUGAAAUAUUUUCAAAUAAAUAAAUAUGUAAUCAAAUUAUGUAAUACCGUAUACCGUGAAAUCUUGAUAUUUUCAGAGAUGGUUAUCAUACCGUGCAAAUCUCAUACCGUUGCAACCCAAUGAACCUCAACCAACCCUGACCAUUAGUCUAGGACCAACAAGUAUGCCGAUUAAGCUUGUCUGGGAUGUUAUCAAAAGAGCUUCACCGCCACCUUCUGGUUUGCAGUGCCUCAGCACAUCAGAUAAGAAAGAUUCAUAAACCUGCUGUCCUGCUGUACCUCGAUCAAACCGGACGCUUGGAUCAACAAUAACAGCAAAGACAAUGUUUCACCCACCAUAAGCUGUUUCACUUUUCCUCAUUCAAAAACUCAACUAAAUCAAACAUGAACAGGAUAAUGGCGUUGAUGUCAACUCAGCAAUCAGCCAGACAUUUUCCAUUGGAUUAUCAGAGAUGGACAGUAUCAGAUUUUACUCGCUAAUUAUGGUAAUAGUUAGUAUUGACGUGAAAUAACUGGUUGUAAAUCAAAUCUGUAUGUAAGUAUCUGUAAUAGACCUUUUAUUUGUAGGCAGUCAGCCGACCAAUGGGGAAGGGUGUGAGGAUGAGUUUUUUGUUCUGUAUAUGUAUUCUAUUGUGGGCAGCACAAUCACUCAAUAGGCCCGCUGGAGCAUUUGUUCUUUAAAUACUGCAAUUAUAAUUUUAUUAUUUAAAAAUAAUUUAUGGAAGAUAUGCAUGAUUUUACAUAGCACAAAAUUACAUUUUCUGUCCCUCAGUCUAGUUUGGACCUUUUAUUCAUACCUUCGUAUUGAAGAAUUUUCCUUUUUCUUUUAGACAAACCUGCAGUCUCUUGCCUUGCUCUGCAGAACAAGCUGCAUAUUAUUGAUAUUACUGGAAAUUAAUGUGGCUAACCCAGACCUUUAACACUCAACCUUAAGCUAAAUUUUAUUUUUUUAAAAAAGAAAGAAAAACCACUAUUUGGUUUGAUGUUUUUGGGAAACUCUGCAUUGUGGUAACAACAUUGACUUUGAAACAUAUCACAGCUAAGAAUUGUACUCAUAUUUUUUUUUUUGCAACCAGUUGUUGGUUCCACAGUCCGUAUUUUCUGAAUAGGACGUGCCUGACAUUUAUAAUGUAAUCAUUAACACAUUUUUUAUAGACGAACUACGGAGGCUACUAGGUUGGUAUCUUGAAUAUGUGCAUUUCUGUAUAAAAAAAAAAUGGGCAUGUGCUUAUUGUUGCCAUUUGAAACAAUCCUUACUAUGUGACCUGAAUGUAGCCUGCAGGUAUUAUCACUCCCAGAAUCCUUUCUGCAGUAAAGCUACACCAGCUCUCAAAGCCGAGACAGAACCCAUUUUAAACAAAUGAAACUGAACAUUACGCACUUUACCGUCUUCUAUAAAGUGUACCUUGUCAAAUAAAACAAGAUUAUUCUCCAA